GGUCGUCAUUAGUGUGCGCCAGUUACUUAUUACACGUGAGUCCAUCGUUUACUGUUUUUUAUGUUUUUAAAUAUGAUGAUCAACAUUCCAUCUUUAUGAAAGUAAUCCAGUUCAGUACUGUAUUGGCAUUUGACGCCGUGUUUCGCCACUGGAUUCUUGUUCUCAGAUCGCUUGUCGACGCGGCGGAUUUAUUAUAAGAUAAAAGAACCACUGGCACAGUCAACUGUUUGUGGGAUAUUUGUGGAGAAGGAUGAAUCCAGAAUGCAAAGACAAUGUAAAGAGACAUUUUAAAAAAGAUGCCAAAGAGAAAACAACAUCUUUUAAGAAAGGGAAGCGAAAAAAGCAAUUGGUGAAGCCGACAGAUAAAGAGGAGCAAUCCCAUAUUAAAAAAUUAGACCCUCUCAGUAGAGGAUAUUUCCGAAGAGUUUCAGAAAGGCUGGAAGAGGACUUCACCACUGAUGAAGAAAGAGACCUGUUUGUUGCCAAUGUCUUCUCGGAGGUUAAUGGGCAGGCUGUACCUCUUUCAAUGGAUUCAUCUGGAAGUCAUGUUCUUCAGAGACUCCUUCCACUGGCUUCAUGCAACCAACUAUGUCAGCUAUUAAAAGAAUUAGAAAAUGAACUGAGCAAUGGGAGUGAAGAGUCUCAUUUUGAACCUCUAAUCUGUCAUUGCUGUGGUGCACAUAUUAUGGAGACUGCGCUGCAACGAAUACACAGAUUAAGAAAGACUCAAGAAGAUUCUGAAGCCUCAGCAGACUGGGAAGUGUUAGAACAUCACAUUCUACGGCUUACAUCUGAAGUGAUAACCAAGCUGCCAACUUUCUGCAAGCACACACAUGGCUCAUUUGUGGUACGUGCAUUGGUGCAAAUGUUAGGAGGGGUACUCCUGGAAGCUUCAAACAAUAAAGGUCAAAAGAGUUUGGAAACGGGACUCCAAGAUGCCCCUACCUCUGAGGUGUUUAGUUCAGCCUUUAAGAGGCUUGCCAAAGAAUCUCUAAAACAUACUAAAGUCUUCUUGACCAAUGGUUCUGCAAGUCCAGUCUUCCAAACCAUUCUGAAAGUUUGUCAUGUUCGGUUUCCAAAGCUUUGCCAAAAACUUGGGCGGGGCAUGCUGGACUACUUGACUUCUCUCAACGAAGGAUCAGACUGCAGGAAUCUCCAGGUCUUCUUCAAAGAUCGUACUUCGAGCCGCCUGAUUGAAAAUAUCGUUGAAGUUUCCCAGAAGUCACUGUUUCGUACAUUAUAUGAGAAUCAUUUUAAAGGACAUCUGGUAUCCUUGGCGCAGCAUCCAAUUGCAAACUUCCCUGUACAAAGAAUUGUGGCUUCGGCACCAAGUCCAAAACUGUUUCGACAAAUAUUUGACGAGAUGGUCCCUGAGCUGGAGUCUGUGUUUGCUACUAAACACAUUGGCGUGAUCAUUGAGCUGGCAGAAGGCUGCAUACGGCAUGGUGAGAGACAGGCUGAGCUGCUACAACACUUGCUGCAGGUGUUUCACUGUGCAGAACCUCCUUCCAGACAGAUGACAUGUGCUUGUCUCUUCAUGACACUGCUGACUUACGAAUCAUAUUAUCAAAAUCAUGAACCCAAAAAUGAGGCUGAACAAAAACAGAGACCGCUGUCUGGUGUGGUUUACAAUGGCUCCCGGCUUGUGCAGACUUUGCUUGGAUUCUCAGACAACACAAUUGUCCUUCGAAGCCUGCGACUCUUACCAUCCAGUGAUCUAGUGACCUUGGCCUGUGACCCCUCAGGAAGUCAUGUGCUGGAUGUUAUGACGCAACACCUGAAUAAAAAAGAAUUUGCCAAGCUGCUCAAAAAACUAAAAGGGUGCCUCAUAGAACUUGCUUGCAACAAGUAUGGCAGCCGAAUAAUGGACAAAAUCUGGAGUACUUCUGACGUGAGCCAAAAGAAGAGCAUUGCUGAAGAUUUGGCUCCUCAUGAAGCUAGGCUUCGAUCGGAUAUCUUUGGCCACCACAUUGCCCGGAACUUCGCAUUAUUCCACUUUCUGAAGCGCAAGAAGGAGUGGGAAAACAUUCAGACUGCCCAGGUGAAGAAGAGAAGAAUGUUUAACGACAUCCUUGAAUGAAAACUAAAAAGCUUUGGUUUUUGUUUUUUUUUUUUAAAUCCAGAAAAGUGGCAAUUUAAAAAAAAA